AUGGCGAGCGUGGUACGAAACCCUAGUAAUGGAAACAAAUACCUCUGCGCAGUGAUAGACAAGUCCAUUCUCGUCAUGGAAUGGUUCAAUCCUCGUAGCACUUUCGUCGAAGUCAAGCGGGUUGAAGUAUCAUCCAUGCCUUCACCGGUCUACAACUUCGACCUUGUCUGCAAUCGGGAUCAGAGUCUGCCAACUGUCUGCUUGGGUGUCUAUAAGACCUCGGAUCCUAAUCGCUUCCGCCUCCACAUGAUUGAUCUCAACAGCGAGGAAAUCAAGGCUCCUGCAUUCCCCUUCUCUCCUGAGGAUUCACUACCUAUCGUGAAGGUCGCUCACAUCGACUACAGUGUUCUCAUGCUCUGUUUCCAAGAUCACGCCAAGUUUGUGGAUUUCCGCGGCAAUGUCUGCAAUAACCGUCAAAAUAUUUCCCAGAUUCCCUUCGACACACACGUCGCCUCCGUCGUUUGCCUUCGUGAUGGUAUACUAGCCUUCCAUCCCUUCGGUCUACGUGGAUUCGGGUUCGAUGGACAGCUCACGCAAGAUAUUAAUGAUCCGCAGCAUAUUUAUCAACUUCUUGGAAGCGACAAGAAUAUAGUGGUAGAGAGUCGACCUAUUGACGACCCGAUGUCAAAAUCAAAUCUCUAUCUUCUCUUUGGUCACGAAAACUCCUAUUGA